UGCGUGCUUAUCGUUAUCUGGCUGUGAUGGACUGUAGUUAGUAAAUACUCUAUCUACAAAUUUUCUAUCCAUAUUUAUCGUUAUCCACAUUCCACACCAAGGAACAAUGGCCACCCCACUGCUCCCCUCCGAGCUUCUCGCCGGUCUGCCGCAGCAAUGGCUGAUCGGCCUCUUGCUUCUUCUCCCUGUAGUCCUGCUUGUGCCGUCCUACCUCUUCCUGGCGAGCCCCGGGACCAAGAUGACCAAGAACGGGGCGCGUCGUCUGCCGCCGGGCCCCGCGCAGGUGCCUGUCCUGGGCAACCUUCACCUUCUUGGCCCGCUGCCGCACCGGAACCUCCGGGACAUGGCCCGGCGGCACGGCCCCGUGAUGCUGCUGCAGCUGGGCACGGUGACGACAUUGGUGGUGUCCAGCGCGGCGGCGGCGCGGGAGGUGAUGAAGGAGCACGACAUCGACUGCUGCAGCCGGCCCGUGUCGCCGGGGCCCAAGCGCAUCUCCUACGGCCUCAACGACGUCAUCUUCGCGCCCUACGGCGAGCAAUGGCGCGAGAUGCGCAAGCUCUUCAUCGUCGAGCUCCUCAGCAUGCGCCGCGUCCAGGCCGCGUCGUACGCGCGCGAGCAGCAGCUGGACAGGCUCAUCGCCGACCUGAGCCGCGCGGGCGCGGAGGCGGCGCCGGUGGCGCUGAACGAGCACAUCUUCGGGCUCGCCGACGGCAUCGUCGGCACGGUGGCGUUCGGGAACAUCUACGGCACGGAGCGGUUCGCGCACAGGGAGCGGUUCCACCACGUGAUGGACGAGGCCGUGGACAUGAUGGCCAGCUUCUCCGCCGAGGACUUCUUCCCCAACGCCGCCGGCCGCCUCGUCGACCGCGUCACGGGGCUCGUCGCCCGCCGCGAGCGCAUCUUCAGGGAGCUCGACGCCUUCUUCGAGACGGUCAUCGACCAGCACACGGACCCCGCGCGCGUCGUCCCCGAGAACGGCGGCGACCUCGUCGACGUCCUCAUCAGCCUGUGGAAGGAGAACCGGGGCACGCUCCGCUUCACCCGAGACCACGUCAAGGCCCUCAUCAUGAACACGUUCAUCGGCGGGAUCGACACGAGCUCGGUGACGGUGCUGUGGGCAAUGUCGGAGCUGAUCCGGAAGCCGCGGGCGCUGAAGAAGGCGCAGGACGAGGUGAGGGCCGUCGUGGGAGGCAAGGCGCGCGUGGAGCCCGACGACGUGCCCAAGCUCCCGUACCUGAAGAUGGUUGUGAAGGAGACCCUGCGGCUGCACCCGCCGGCGACGCUGCUGGUGCCUCGGGAGACGGUGCGGGACGUGAGGAUCGGCGGGUACGACGUGCCGGCGAGGACGCGCGUGUUCGUGAACGCGUGGGCGAUCGGCAGGGACCCGGCGAGCUGGGCGGACGCCGAGGAGUUCCACCCGGACAGGUUCGAGGGGAGCGACGUGGACUACAACGGCGCGCACUUCGAGCUGGUGCCGUUCGGGGCGGGGCGGCGGAUCUGCCCGGGCCUCGCCAUGGGCGAGACCAACGUGACUUUCACGCUGGCUAACCUACUCUACUGCUUCGACUGGGCGCUGCCGGAGGGGAUGGCGGCGGAGGACGUGAGCAUGGAGGAGGCCGGCGGGCUGACGUUCCACCAGAAGAUGCCGCUGGUGCUGGUGCCCACAAGGUACCACCACCGCACGGCGACGGCGUAGUGUAGUAGUCGUCAUCAUAUCGUCGACGAUUGAACAAAAGAUGCCCUGCGUCCUGCAAAUGUCCCAUGAACAUAAUAUGUAAAUGUGAUCAUUUUGUCAAAUAAAACUGAGUAUAGUAAACCAAGUAAAUAUGA